GCGCCAAACAUGCUGUAGAAGAUGCAACUGACGAUGUCAAAGAAUUUCUGGAUGAGACAAAAAAGGAAGCUGUACUGGACGAAGAGCGUGCUAAAGAAAAAAUUGCAGUAUCCUUGAAAGAUGUAAAAGAUAAAAGGGAUGCUGUUGUUUCUGGAGUUCAAGAGACCGCAGAAAAAAAAGUCGCCGAUACUACGAAAGCAGCUAGUGACAAAAUAACAUCGGAAACGAAAGAGAUAAGUGAGAAAGUAGAAUCAACUGUGGUAGAUGUUGUUCAAAAUAUUAAAGAUACUAAAGAUACAGCGAUUAAAGAAGCGGGAGAAGAUAUAAAAUUAGUCAAAGACAAAGUAACUGCGGGUGUUGAUGCGGUCACAAAAAGUGCAGAGGAUAUCAAGGAUAAAGCAGCGAAAGAAGCAAAGAAAGGGAAGGAAAAAACAAGUGGAUUUUUCUCAGAUAAAAAAGAUAAAAUCGUAGAAGAUAUUUCCAAAGAAGCUCAUAAAGUUGCCGAUACAACGAAAACAGUUAGUGAGAAAAUAACAGCAGAAACGAAGAAGAUAAGUGAGAAAAUAGAAACAACUGCGGCUGAUAUUACGCAGGAUGUUAAAGAUACAGUAGUAAAGAGUUGGAAAGAAGAUACAACCGAAGAAAGCCAAAGACAAAACUGGUGGCUUUUAUCCGGUAUAUUUAAAGGCGCCAAACAUGCUGUAGAAGAUGCAACUGACGAUGUCAAAGAAUUUAUGGAUGAGACAAAAAAGGAAGCUGUACUGGAAGAAGAGCGUGCUAAAGAAAAAAUUGCAGUAUCCUUGAAAGAUGUAAAAGAUAAAAGGGAUGCUGUUGUUUCUGGAGUUCAAGAGACCGCAGAAAAAGUUGCGGCCGAUACAAGAGAUGCAAAAGAUAAAACGAUUUCCGUUAUUAAAGAUAAAAAAGAUAAGAUUGUUGAACAAAUUUCCAAAGAUACUCAGAAAGUCGCCGAUACUACGAAAGCAGCUAGUGACAAAAUAACAUCGGAAACGAAAGAGAUAAGUGAGAAAGUAGAAUCAACUGUGGUAGAUGUUGUUCAAAAUAUUAAAGAUACUAAAGAUACAGCGAUUAAAGAAGCGGGAGAAGAUAUAAAAUUAGUCAAAGACAAUGUAACUGCGGGUGUUGAUGCGGUCACAAAAAGUGCAGAGGAUAUCAAGGAUAAAGCAGCGAAAGAAGCAAAGAAAGGGAAGGAAAAAACAAGUGGAUUUUUCUCAGGCAUAUUUAAAGAUAAAAAAGAUAAAAUCGUAGAAGAUAUUUCCAAAGAAGCUCAUAAAGUUGCCGAUACAACGAAAACAGUUAGUGAGAAAAUAACAGCAGAAACGAAGAAGAUAA